GUUUUAAAAAGGAAAAACACCCUCCAAAUCUUGAAUAUUGAAUGCAUGUUGAUCAUCUUAGGUUUCCUCUUUCUCUGUGCUAAUAUUGAAAUUGUAAUUUGUUGUUGUGUUGAUGAGCUUCGUAAGCUUCUAUCUGACAAGGAUGCUUAUCACAACUUACUAGUUUCACUUGAGAUUGUCAAAACCCAAAACAAUGUAAGAGAUGAGCUUCGUAAUGAAACACUCCAGCUGGCUAGUAAGUGGGGGAAACCUAGAAAAAGAACCGAGGAUCACGGAGCUUAGAAAUCAGUGCAGGAUAAUUAGAACAACUGAAUUAGCUGCUGCUCAAGAAACGCUACAUGAUCUGGAAAGAAGAAAAGAGGAGCUCCUGAAGUACUACUCCCCUGCAUCCCUUUUGCAUAGACUUGAAGAGGCAACUAAUAAAACAGAUGAUGAAUUGAAGCCCUACAUAAACAGCUUCUUGAUCGAGAAAUUGAUCUUACUACAUUUGUGCAGAAGUACAAGAAACUGCGGCACACAUACCACAAAUAUGUAUUAACUCACCUCGCAGCCAAGACAUCUAUGUAACAAGCUAAACUUAUAAUAACGCUUGUAACUUUAAUUACUAUUCAUUCUGUUGUUUUUAUUACUGCCCAUUGUGGUUUGGUGGAUACAAUAAAUCCUGUAGUUAUUCCUUUUUGUCAUUGUGUGGUACGGUUAGAUUUUCAUAAAACCAUGGGACAUAGGGGCGGAGCUAGGGCACUGGAGCAGACUGGACCAGUACAAAGAAUAUUGUUGGAAAAAAAUUUACUCAAAAACUAUAGACAUUUUUAAAAUUUAGGGUGAGCUAGUGAAGGUCUAAAAUGAAAUCUCUUGAUGGAUGGAAAUAUGCAAUCCCGGACGGUGCAUAAGAAAUCUUGCACAUUGCUG